CCCAACAAUUCUCAAAUUAUUGGUACACCCAGAAAACACGAAGCAGGAAGAAAGACACAGAAAUUAAAACAGUCUGCGUGAUUGUAAGUGAGAGAAAUGGAGAAGAUCUGCGUAGCAGUGAGAGUGAGACCAUCUGCGAACGAAGAAAUUGUUAAUGGAUUUAACUGGAAGGUUGAAAGCAACCGUAUUUCGCUGCACAGAUCUCACGGCACCCCCAUUUCUGGGAUUUCUUAUGCUUUUGAUCAUUUGUUCGAUCAGGACUGCAGUAAUGGUACAGUGUACGAGCUUCUGAUCAAGGACAUAAUUAAUGCUGCUAUUCAGGGGUUUAAUGGAACUGCAUUUGCUUAUGGACAGACUAGUAGUGGAAAAACUUUUACUAUGAAUGGUUCAGAAAAUGAUCCAGGAAUUAUCCAUAGAGCUGUCAGAGACAUUUUUCAAAAAAUUGAGGAGACAUCGGAUAGGGAGUUUCUGAUUCGAGUUUCCUACAUGGAAAUUUACAAUGAAGACAUUAAUGAUCUUUUUUCUGUGGAAAAUCAAAAACUUCAGAUUCAUGAGAGUUUGGUGCGUGGAGUAUUUGUUGCAGGGCUAAGGGAGGAAAUUGUAAACAGUGCUGACCAAGUGCUCCAACUUAUCCAACUCGGAGAAGCUAAUAGGCAUUUUGGUGAUACCAACAUGAAUGCUCGGAGCAGUAGAUCACAUACUAUUUUUAGGAUGGUAAUCGAAAGCAAAGGGAAUGAUAACAGAUUCAAUGAUAGUCCUGAUGAUGCUAUCCGUGUCUCUGUCCUGAAUUUAGUUGACUUAGCCGGGUCUGAAAGAGUAGCAAAAACUGGUGCUGGCGGAGUGCGUUUGAAGGAAGGAAAGCACAUUAACAAGAGCUUAAUGAUUCUUGGUAAUGUGAUCAACAAACUGAGCGAGGGUGGAAAGCAAAGGGCUCACAUCCCUUAUCGGGACAGUAAGCUUACUCGCAUUCUUCAGCCGGCAUUAGGUGGAAAUGCAAAAACUUCAAUAAUUUGUACCAUUGCGCCUGAAGAGAUCCACAUAGAAGAAUCAAAAGGGACUCUUCAGUUCGCUAGCAGAGCAAAGAGGAUAACCAACUGUGUUCAAGUGAAUGAGAUAUUGACAGACGCUGCCCUAUUGAAGAGACAAAAAUUAGAAAUAGAGGAACUUCGGAGUAAACUUCAGUGGUCUCAUGCCGAAGUAUUGGAGAAAGAAAUCUUGAAACUGAGGAAUGACAUGCUGAAGUAUGAAUUGGAGCGGGAGAAGCUCGCCACAGAACUAGAAGAGGAAAGGAGAUCACAAAAGGAGCGGGAACAAUGCAUUAAGGAGCAGCAAAUGAAAAUUUACAAUCUUAGCAAUCUGGUUACCUUGUCAGACUCUGAUAGAAGCUCUUCCCAUAAUGGGGUCAAAGAAUGCCUUCCAGAUGAAAGUAGCUGUAGUCACAGCAUGCGCCAGGAAGAUGCUUUUAAUACACCAUGUCUUAAAACACUUCCUAAUGUUUUUGUUGCUAAGCGGUCGCAUUACUCAAGCCAACCAGAGUGUAGCCCUCUUCCAGAUAUGUUUGGUGAUUUUGCCGAUGAAGAUACAUGGAUGAAAAUGAAUAAAGGUUACAUAGUUGACCUCGAUUCACUUCAUACGCCUCCGUCGAGGAAGGUCCAAUCAUUUCCAAUUAGUGAGGAUUGCUCAAUGGAGAAUUCCAAUCAAGAAAUGCAAAAUCUCCGCAGACAGCUAGAGCUUGUCAUAGAGGAAAGAGAUGAAUUCAAGAGGAAGUAUUCGGAACAAGUCUCAUUUAAUGACCAAUUGACAAAAGAGAAAUCUGAACUUCAACUAGAGAUAUUGCCGACACUAGUAGUUCCGCAAAAGCUGCUUGAGACUGUGACACAUUGCAAAGGCAUUCACAACGAAGUUUUUUCUAUUAUACAGAACAUUAUAGCUGAUGAGAAAUCUGCAAUUUCUCAAAUACUCGCUACCACAACUGAAGUUGGAACCUCCCUUUUCUCAACUUUAGAAUCUCAUCUAUUGAUGGCUGUGGAUGGCAAGAGACCCUCUUCAUUAGAUGAAUGCUUCGUACAAGAGCAAUACACCAUGCUCCAUCAGAAGUUGUGUGCUGCAGUUUACUCCUGGGUUUCAUCAGAUGGAACAACUAUGGGGAAUGAACAUAAGCAGAAUUCUACUUACAGCAGCAAUACUAAGGGCACUUUGGGGGGAGAAAUUGCUUGUUGGAAGCAGGCAUUGGAAAAUGAAGUUGGAGAAAUCAAACACAAGUACAAUGACUUGGAAAAAGAGUUGGAAGUUAAAAAUCAGCUACUUGAGGUUGCCGAAGGAGAAUAUCAUAGCUUGCAAAGAGAGUUCCGUCUUGUUAAAGAAGACCGAGAUGCAACGCUUGAAAGAAUCUCCAGUUCGUCUCAAAUGGUCCAGGCAUUGGAAAAUGAAGUCAAAGAAAUCAAACACAAGUACAAUGACUUGGAAAAAGAGUUGGAAGUUAAAAAUCAGCUACUUGAGGUUUCUGAUGAAAAAUAUCAUAGCAUGGAAAGAGAGUUCCGUCUUGUAACAGAAGAUCGAGAUGCAGCGCUUGAAAGAAUCUCCAGUUUGUCUCGAACCCUCCAGGCAUUGGAAAAUGAUGUCGAAGAAAUCAAGCACAAGUACAAUGGCUUGGAAAAAGAGUUGGAAGUUAAAAAUCAGCUAUUUGAGGUUGCCGAAGGAGAAUAUCAUAGCUUGCAAAGAGAGUUCCGUCUUGUAACAGAAGACCGAGAUGCAGCCCUUGAAAGAACCUCCAGUUCAUCUCAAAUGCUCCAGGCAUUGGAAAAUGAACUCAGAGAAAUCAGACAUAAGUACAAUGACUUGGAAAAAGAGUUGGAAGUUAAAAAUCAGCUACUCGAGGUUUCUGAAGGAAAAUAUCAUAGCAUGGAUAGGGGGUUCCAUCUUGUAACGGAAGAACGAGAUACAGCACUCGAGCGAAUCACCAGCUGGUCUCAAACACUUCAGGCAUUGGAAAAUGAAGUCGAAGAAAUCAAAGAUAAGAACAAUGACUUGGAAAAAGAGUUGGAAGUUAAAAAUCAACUACUUGAGGUUUCUGAAGGAAAAUGUCAUAGCAUGGAAAGGGAGUUCCGUCUUAUAACAGAGGAGCGAGAUACAGCCCUUGAAAGAACCUCCAGUUCGUCUCAAAUGCUCCAGGCAUUGGAAAAUGAAGUCGAAGAAAUCAAACAUAAGUACAAUGACUUGGAAAAGGAGUUGGAAGUUAGAAACCAGCUUCUUACGGUUUCUGAAGGAAAACUUCAUAGCUUGGAAAGGGAGUUUCAUCUUUUAAAAGAAGACCGAGAUGCAGUGCUCCAUAGAAUCUCCAGUUCGUCUCAAAUUCUUACACAAAUUAGUGGCGAAAAGGACAGAGUUCUAAAGGAGCUUAACACUGAAGUAAGGAGGAGAAAGAAGCUCGAAGAAGAUAUCAAACAGUUUAAAGCUGCUUUUGCAUGUCGACAGAGGUCAGUAACAUCUUUCCACAGUGAGUUCAAGUCUGUGCUUGAAACCAUGAAGGCGCAGAAGUAUCCGACUUCAUUAUCCAAAUCUCAUGGAUCUUGAAGGUCUCUAAUCUCCCUGCUCUGUUACAGUUAAUCUUAUUUAGUUGUCUAUAAUUUACUUCACCCAUGAAAGAUGUUUUAGGUGCGUAAUGUAACAAUGAUUCAAUUAUUUUCGGCAAUGUAAUGUCAUUGAACUGAGGCAUUUGGUGAUC